AUGACCUCGCGUGCGUCCUCUUCUCGCCGACCCUCACUGUCAGCCAGGCGCCUAUCCCGACGCCUAUCCCACCUCUCCAGCCUCGAACAUGGCGAGGCCCGGCCUCAGCUUGCGCCGGCCGAACAGUCUCUCACCGAAGAGAUUGCAGAGAUAAAACGCUACGAAGAUUUCACUACAAUCGACUGGGUACAAGAUGCGGCCCAAGAACAGAUGCGGAGACGCGCCCGGCGCAGAGAGUCGAGGUUCUUCGAAAGAGAGGGAGUGCUGGGCUGGCGUCGCAAGCUCUGGGAGUCCUACGAUGCAGCACAGGCCUGGGUGGUGAUCACACUGGUCGGGAUCAUCAUUGGCGUCAAUGCUGCCGCCUUGAAUAUCAUCACGGAGUGGCUGUCAGAUAUCAAGAUGGGCUAUUGUACGACUGCCUGGUAUCUCAAUGAAGGCUUCUGCUGCUUCGGCUCCGAGAACGGAUGCGACGAGUGGCGGAGGUGGACUUCAUUCAGUGUUGUAAAUUAUUUGCUAUACACCAUAUUUGCGCUUCUCCUGGCAUUCAUCUCGGCAUACCUGGUCAAAUGCUACGCUCCCUACGCUGCUGGCUCUGGCAUCUCAGAGAUCAAAUGCAUCAUUGCCGGUUUCGUCAUGAAAGGCUUCCUCGGAUUCUCGACAUUCCUCAUCAAAUCGAUCUGUCUGCCUCUAGCCAUUGCCUCAGGCUUGUCAGUCGGCAAGGAGGGUCCUAGUGUACAUUAUGCGGUCUGUGUUGGCAACGUCGUUUCACGAUUCUUCGCCAAAUACCGACGGAGUGCUUCCAAGACCCGAGAGAUUUUGACGGCAACAGCAGGGGCCGGAGUGGCUGUGGCAUUUGGAAGUCCGAUUGGAGGCGUUUUGUUCUCGCUCGAAGAAAUGGCGACCCAUUUCCCCUUGAAGACGCUCUGGCGGAGUUACUUCUGUGCUCUUGUAGCUACGGCAGUGCUGGCUACGAUCAAUCCGUUCAGGACCGGACAGCUCGUCACGUUCUCAGUCAAGUACGAUCGAGACUGGCACUUCUUCGAAAUCGUCUUCUACAUCAUCCUCGGCAUCUUUGGUGGACUCUACGGUGCAGUUGUCAUUAAAUACAACCUCCAAGCCCAGGCAUUUAGGAAGAAAUAUCUGUCCAAGUUUGCCAUCCCCGAAGCCGUCAUCCUGGCCGGUGCCACGGCCAUCCUCUGUUUUCCAAACAUGUUUCUCAGGAUCGACAUGACGGAAAUGAUGGAGCUGCUGUUUCGGGAGUGUGAGGGUGACUAUGAUUACCAUGGACUGUGCGAAUCAAGAAACAGGCCGACGCUGAUCCUGUCGUUGUUGGUCGCAACUUUCCUUCGCAUGUUCCUCGUCAUUAUAUCUUAUGGUUGCAAGGUACCUGCAGGUAUAUUCGUGCCCUCCAUGGCCGUUGGAGCAUCUUUUGGUCGGAUGCUAGGAAUCAUUGUACAAUGGUUGUACGAGACUUUUCCAGAUUCACGGUUCUUCUCUGCCUGUCAACCCGACGUGCCAUGCAUAACGCCUGGCACUUACGCAUUCCUCGGCGCUGGUGCUGCUCUCAGUGGCAUCAUGCACCUGACCAUUUCAGUCACCGUCAUCAUGUUUGAAUUGACCGGAGCCUUGACUUACAUUCUUCCCACAAUGAUAGUGGUAGGUGUAACCAAAGCCGUAGGAGACAGGUUCAGCAAAGCUGGCAUUGCAGAUCGGAUGAUUUGGUUCAACGGCUUCCCUUUCCUGGACAACAAGGAAGAACAUACUUUUGGUGUGCCUGUGUCGCAGAUCAUGACCGCCCAUGUCAGUGUAUUACCCUCGAGAGGUAUGGAAGUCAAGGCUGUACAAACGCUGCUGAACGACACAACAUAUUCCGGAUUUCCCAUUGUGGAAGAUGUCGAUUCUAAGAUCUUAGUGGGAUACAUUGGAAGGACUGAGUUGCAGUUUGCCGUCGACAAGGCCCAAAAAGGCGCUAUGCUGGCAGCAGACGCCAAAUGUGUGUUCACUGCGGAGCGGGACGACGAAGCAGAGUCUGCAGCUCCGCUCAGUCCAGCCGUUUCCUUUGAUUCCAUGGCCACCCAGACCGUGGACUUCAGUCCAUAUGUCGAUGCGACUCCAAUCACUGUCCAUCCUCGCCUGCCUCUGGAGACAAUCAUGGAGCUCUUCAAGAAGAUGGGCCCGCGUGUCAUUCUCGUCGAUCACCAUGGCCGCCUCGAAGGGCUCGUCACGGUGAAAGACUGUCUGAAGUAUCAAUUCAAGGUUGAAGCUCAGGAACAUGCCCAUGCCCACACCCUCCAGGACGAACCUAAUCUUAACCCUGAACGAAUCGUCGAUCUCCUCAGCCGGAUAGGUGAUUACUUUGCCGAUAAGAUCAAUAACCUAUCACGCGGAAAGUUGAGACUCAGUCCUCCCAUAGCUCAGGGAUGGACUAGAGUGGCGGGACAAGAUAGACCAGAAGAUUUCGCUGAUGGUUACACUAAUGAGCAUGAGAUUUUGGAUGGAACGGAAGAUCUUACGGAACAUGGCCAACAUGGUGUUGAGCUUACAACUAGGCGGCGGGAGUGA